AGCAACUCCGUUGGACAACGUCAAAAAUCUUGGGCAUCUAGUUAUUCUGAACUCGCAACUGGAGUUAUUGCCGUUUAGUUCUUGUUUUUGAAAUGGCAAGCUCAGAAAUUAAAUUUCUCCAAUGGAUAGUCGACACGCGGAAACUCUGGGUUGUUCCCGGAUCCCUAGGCGCGAAGGAACAGAUGCAGGCAUUUGAGCGAGUGGCAGCCGAUGCUCUGGCGAUUUUGCCGCCCCAGGAAAAGAAAGGGGUUUUGAAGUACUGGUUCGUUCGGGAUGCCAAGAUGAGUCUAGCGUCGCAUUUGCUGAAGCAUCUGGUUAUCCAUGAGCUAGGAAGCGUCCCAUGGGCUCUAUCUACUGUCUCCAGGGAUGAAAAUGGAAAACCGUGCUUCUAUCCCAGUAAUGGCGUAGGAAAGGCACUGGAGUUCAACGUUUCCCACCAAGCAGGCCUAGUCCCCUUGAUCGCCUGCGCUAACCCUGAAGUCGAGGUUGGAAUCGAUGUCGUCUGUGUUAACGAGCGCUCGGAUAAUGCUACCAUUCGCAAGGAUGGCCUUUUUACAUGGAUUGACAUGCAUUCCGAUGUCUUCUCUCCGCACGAAGUUCACUACAUGAAGUACAACGCCGAGAAUCUAUCUCUACCACUGCAAAUCGACGUGGGAGGGAAAGCACUGGAUGGUAUCGCGAACUGCCAGCGGCGCGAUGAGUCAGUUUCCUGGACCACCAAUUCUGGCGCUCUUCAGAAAUUAGAUGCCGAUAUCAUCAUCGACGCGAAGCUGCGACGCUUCUUCGCUUUCUGGUGCCUCAGGGAAGCGUAUAUUAAAAUGACCGGAGAGGCCCUCUUAGCCCCAUGGCUACGAGACCUAGAGUUUCGAAAAUUCACAGUCCCUACAGCAAAUAAAGAAGCCCCCCACGAUGACUCUGACCUUCUCCUCGGCGAUACAACGAAGGAGUUUGAGAUUUACUUCAAGGGCGAACACGUCGAGAAUGUCACGAUGGAGCUCCGGGCAUUGGGUCGCAACUAUAUGGUCGGUACAGCAGUAAGGAAUAAAGAUAGAGGAGUCACACUGCGAAAGUUUCCAGGUUUUAUCAACCUAACUCUUGAAGAUAUUGUUGCGCGGACUGGCACAUUCAACUAGCUGAAUCUAGGCAACGGGUUAACCAUACCUUUCCCGUGAGACAGUCUUUAUUGAGCAACCAUCUGAUAUGCUAUUAUUGUUCAAACCAAAGCCAGAGAAUAAAGAUAGGGAUGUCACAAGCUUUGCGGUCAAAGCAGUCACAUUUAGCUGAAAAAUAGUUUGCAGACAAGAUAUUUGAUCUGACAGUAUACGAGCUACCAACUACCAACAUCCACUCACUCGUCACUAUUGGCCAAUACUUCCCAUCCAACAGUCCACCAAUUCAUCAAACUUGAUCCACACCAAAGUCCGCAGGUCAAAUUUCCAGGAACGAGCAGCUUUAGAAUCGACGAAAGUGCUUGCCUCGUCUCGAAGAUUGUUUAAAUCUACUUUGUGCCUGCUCAUAGUUAGCGCAUGCACACAUAAUCUCCAAUAUCAACAAUGGAGCGCGACGCUAUACCGCUCCAUGUGCUUGUAGCUACAGGAAGGGUACUCACAAGCCUGCCACUGGAUGCCAACAACAUAGGUGAUGUGGCCAUCAAUAGAGUCAUCUGUGAGGAGACCGGUCGCGCCAGAAACACUGCUAGUCAAGCGGACCUGGGAGUUGAUGUUAAGUGGGAGAGCUUGUCCGCAAGGAGACCAGAUGGUAGAGGUGAAUGGGACACUAUCAGAGACGGAGUAAUCAGUUGAGAUGGGGCCAUCAAAGACGGUAGAACUGGACACCUGCGCAGCCUGGCCAGAGAAGUAAUAGGUGGCCUUCUGUGUGCCCUGCACGCCCUUGUCAAGAGCGGCGUAACCACGGAACUGCGUUGUGAAGAUGCUGUACUGGAAGCCAGACGGGUACUGGAGGUCCAAGUUCAGCUGGCAGUUCUUGCGAUUCUCGGUGGCGGCAACAGUGGGGCCGAUGGAUGCAACGUAAGAGUCGAAAAUGAGGGUGAACCUUGAAGGCGGGUAAGCAUCAACUACUACAAUGGCGCCUUUGGACACCCACGUCUGUCUAUCAUCUGAGAUGAAGGAUCCCACAGAGCCUUGUGGGCAUCCAGUUCCACCGUAGGAAAUACUGUUGAUGUAAACCUGGGAUGGGUUAGGACGGACGGAGCUGCUCGUGCCAGUGGCAACAGGAACGCCAAGAGCAGGGUUUGGGACGGCGGCGACGGCGGCGACGCAGGCCAAGAGGGAUACGAUGGAAAGCAUAUUGAUUGAUGGGAGUGAUCUGUGUUGGAAAUAAUAAUGAUAAUGGAUCUGGAUAGUGAAAGAAGUGUUUGUGUUUGAGCGGAUGAUAAGGGGCCCGGGGGGUUUGAGAUCCUUAUAUAGAUUUUGGUUUGAAGGGUUGCCCACUUCAGCGCAGUAAUAUCACGGAGCCCAAUAGCCGUAAUCAAUAUCACGGAGUAUGACCCUCUGAUCGAUAGCACCAAUGAUCGCCGUCGUGCAAUCUAUCACGGUAGCUUGCGGUAGGAAACUGCUCCUUGUUCACGACGUGGAUCCACGCA